UCUUUUCUUUUUACAAACAAUCAUGGUAUCUUCUCUUUCUUCUAAAUACGCUAUUUAUCAGAGUGACAAUGACCUUAGAGCAAAAGGUCUUAUAGACAACAAGGCACCCUUAAGACUUCGUAUGGAAGCCUACGUCAAGGAGUUGCAAGGCAGGAUCUGCCAAGGUAUAGAGAAACUAGACGGAAAAGGUAAAUUUGUGCGUUCUGAAUGGGAAAGAGCCGAACAUGGUGGUGAAGGCAUAACGUGUGUCAUGUCUGAUGGUGAUGUGAUGGAAAAGGCCGGUAUUGCCGUUUCUGUCGUAUACUCUGAACUCUCCCCAGAAGCCGUGCGUCAAAUGCGUCAUGAUCGAGGCAAAGACAUUGAUGUUCAAGGCACAGUGCCUUUCUUUGUUACUGGUAUUUCCCUUGUCAUGCAUGCCAAAAACCCCAAUGCACCUACUAUCCAUAUGAAUUAUCGUUAUUUUGAAAUCAUGAAUCCUGAUGGUACACCGAAGCUAUGGUGGUUUGGUGGCGGUGCUGAUUUAACACCUGUGUAUCUGUUUGAAGAAGACGCUAUCUUGUUUCAUUCAAUCUAUAAACAAGGCUGUGAUAAAUUCGAUCCUGAUUACUAUCCUAGAAUGAAGCGCGCCUGUGACCUCUAUUUCUUAAAUAAGCAUCGUAAUGAAGCAAGAGGUAUUGGUGGUAUCUUUUUUGACGACUUCAAUGAUAAACCAGCAGAAGAAAUAUUUGAAUUUAUACAAGAGAUGGGGGAUCGAUUCCUGCCUUCCUAUCUGCCAUUACUAGAACGACGUAAAGACAUGCCAUUUACAGAAGAUAUGGUUCACUGGCAACAAAUCCGUCGUGGUCGCUAUGUUGAAUUCAAUCUGAUCUGGGAUCGCGGUACCAAGUUUGGCUUAGCAACUCCUUGUGCUCGAGUAGAAUCUAUUCUGAUGACAAUGCCUUUAACAGCAAGAUGGGAAUAUAUGCAUGAGCCAAAAAAAGGUUCUCAAGAAGCAGCCUUAGUUCAAGUAUUACAAAAUCCAAGAGAUUGGGUUUAACAAGUUUAUGUACAAUUUUAAAUUAAUUCUAAAUUCAAUCUACCUAAUAAAGUAUCCAAGCUAGAAACUCG